CAUGUAAAACAAUGAACAUUAUAUAAGUGCACAUGCUUUCACGAAAUAUUUAUUUCCACGAGAGCGGGUGCUCUAACAAAUGCAUUUUCCAUUAAGAGUUUUCUCCAAUGUACAUUGUCCUAAAGAUAGAUUCUAGCAGCACGUGUAAAUGCGUGCUAAUGAACUAAGCGAUUGAUGGCUGUAUAGUCGGAAAAUAUGUGGAUUUUUUUCGAAUAACUAAAAAUAUAUAUGUUCGAAAAUGCUUAUGGUUGGAAAGGCGUAGUCUUCAUUAUCGACGAUUGUUCGCGACGACAAUUGACUUCUGCUCUAUCUCGCUCAACGAGCGACAUCGACACUGCAUUUUGGACGUGGGUACAUGUGUCGAUGUCGUACGGAAACCUUUGAAAGGAGACUUAGGAGACUCACCGAAGAAAAUAUAAUGCGGGAGUUCUUCAGCUGAAAAUUCACAAUUUUUUACAUCUCCAAUCCAUACUCUUGUCAUUCUAAAGAGUUAUCGAGGGGUAGGAAUGCCCAAAGAAAUCCAGUGAGAUGUAUGGGGAUGAGCAACAACAGCAUUACUAUUCAUCGUUAGAAGGGACUCAUUUGGAUGUUAGAGUUGAAGCUGUGUUAAAAAAACCACACAACAAUGACUACUGCUGUGGAGACACCAUUCAUUCGUACCAUCGAAUGGGACAUGAUGGACAAGUCAAAGUUCUUGCCUCUAAGUAUGUUAUCCUCUUUUUCAGUAAGAUGUUGUCUUUAUCCACUGACAGUCAUCAAGACUCGACUUCAAAUUCAAAGAAAAAGCCACAUGUAUACAGGUAUGAUAGAUGCCUAUCGAAAAAUCUAUCAGCUGGAGGGUAUCUCAGGUUUAUACCGAGGAUUCUGGAUCAGUUCAAUUCAAAUAGUUUCAGGUGUUUCUUAUGUAUUUACAUAUGAAGGUGUUAGACAUGUAUUGAAUCAAGAUCCUGUUACUGCAAAUUUCGACCCAAGAAUAAAAGCUCUGAUCGGUGGUGCUUCUGCAAGCAUAGUAGGUCAGACUUUUGUAGUUCCAUUUGAUGUCUUGAGUCAACAUUUAAUGGUUCUUGGUGUACGCUACAAGCAUGGAAAAUUAGUUGUUGAUAAGACGGGUAUGAAUCCUUUAGGAGUAACGUUUGAACAAGGAAAAUCUCGAGCGCAAAUAACCGCUGAAAUCGUCCGACUAAUUUAUCAAAGAGACGGUUUCCGGGGUUUUUACAGGGGCUAUGUUGCAUCUCUCUGUGCCUAUGUACCUAAUAGCGCAUUGUGGUGGGGCUUUUAUACGUUUUUCCAAGAUGAGUUAUUUAAAAUCUUUCCCAAUUGGGUAUCUCACCUAUUUAUUCAGUCGGUCGCUGGAACGCUGGGCGGUUUCACGACGACAAUAAUAACGAACCCGCUGGACGUUGUUCGCGCGAGACUACAAGUACAAAGACUAGAUAGCAUGUGCAAUGCAAUAAGGGUGCUUUGGCAAGAAGAAGGUAUGCAUAUGUUUACCAAAGGUCUCUCAGCACGGUUAGUGCAAUCGGCGUGCUUCAGUUUCUCUAUUAUUCUGGGCUAUGAGACUAUCAAAAGAGUUAGCAUACACGAGGAGUAUAAAAGUUACGUUAGAUGGUGAAUUGU